CAGCAACCUCUCUGCUACUCGCCCCUGCCUGCCUGCGACAGCACAGCAGUGGUGUGGUCGCUGUGAACGCAUAUUAACGGAAAGAAAAAAAACACUGCAUACGUAGUGAAGGCCUCUGCCACAUUGAAAGCCCUGUUUCAGUCACGGCGACGACGGAUAUAAACACACACAUAUAUAUUUUUCUAUUCUCAGUUGCUCUUUUUUAUUUGAUAGCGUUGUAAAGAGCCAGUCCUCAUAAUGGCGACAGCUGCGGUGUCUGCCCCUGCUGGCUGCGGCCCCAGCCCCGGGUCUGGAACGGAGCUGGUUCGCGGGCAGGCCUUUGACGUCGGGCCUCGGUACAGCAACCUCUCCUACAUCGGGGAAGGAGCCUACGGGAUGGUGUGCUCUGCCUAUGACCGGGACAACAAGAUACGUGUGGCCAUUAAGAAGAUCAGCCCCUUUGAGCACCAGACAUACUGCCAACGCACCCUGAGAGAGAUCAAAAUCCUUCUGCGCUUCAAACAUGAGAACAUUAUCGGAAUCAACGACAUCAUCCGCACGCCAACCAUUGACCAGAUGAAGGACGUAUAUAUUGUCCAGGAUCUCAUGGAGACAGACCUGUACAAGCUCCUGAAGACUCAACACCUGAGCAAUGACCACAUCUGCUACUUCCUCUACCAGAUCCUUCGAGGGCUCAAGUACAUCCACUCUGCCAAUGUCCUGCACCGUGACCUGAAGCCUUCCAACCUUCUGCUCAACACCACCUGUGAUCUCAAGAUCUGUGAUUUUGGUUUGGCUCGUGUGGCUGAUCCUGACCACGAUCACACUGGUUUCCUAACAGAGUAUGUGGCCACUCGCUGGUACCGAGCACCUGAGAUCAUGCUCAACUCCAAGGGCUAUACCAAGUCCAUAGACAUCUGGUCAGUGGGUUGCAUCCUGGCUGAGAUGUUGUCCAACAGGCCAAUUUUUCCUGGGAAGCACUACUUGGAUCAACUUAACCACAUUUUGGGGAUCCUGGGAUCUCCCUCUCAGGAGGAUCUCAACUGCAUCAUCAACAUUAAGGCCAGGAACUAUCUAUUGUCGCUGCCUUUGCGCUGCAAAGUGCCAUGGAACCGCCUCUUCCCCAAUGCUGAUCCCAAAGCUCUGGACCUGUUGGACAAGAUGUUGACCUUUAACCCUCACAAGAGGAUUGAGGUGGAGGAGGCCCUGGCACACCCCUACCUGGAGCAAUAUUACGACCCUACAGAUGAGCCUGUUGCUGAAGCCCCAUUCAAGUUUGACAUGGAACUGGAUGACCUACCCAAAGAGACAUUGAAGGAGCUCAUCUUUGAAGAAACUGCACGUUUCCAGCCCGGCUUUAGGUCCUAACAUCUCACACAGAUGAUUCUGUGGACUGGCUUCUGCGUUGCCACUGCUCCUCUGCGCCUCCACACUGUUGCUGUGAUAUUUUGGUUAGUUUUUUUUUUUGUUCUUUUAAAUUUGGUUUUUAUUUUCCUCUCCUGUUGUCCACAUCAUCUGGAUUCCUUGGGUCUCACUCGUCAAGUCCACUUUGCUCAGGAAUGGCAUCAGGAAUCAAUCAAUCAUCCUCUGUCUCUUUCUUUUUCUCUUUUCUUUUCUCUCUCUCUCUCUCUCUCUCUGGGGGGAGGCAGGGGGGUCAUGUCACAGCUUACAGUUUGGGGGUGAUUUUGCGUUUUAAGCCAAGAUAAACAAUGUUUUUGUGUGUUUCAAAAGGCAUUUUGGCUCUGGUUAUUCCAAUUCAAGACCUUUUAUGUCCAGUUGAAUGACAGUGAUAGUUGUGUUUUUUGGUGCAGCUGUCGUGGUUAUAACUCUGCCUACAUUGCACAAACAACAGUAGAUUACUUAAAAGAAUCAUCCAUCAUAAAGAAGGUUUUUUGGAUUUUUGUUUUUUUUUAAACUAACCUUUGUCGCACUGUUACAAGGGAUACCUUGAUCUUUCUUCUCUCUUUAUCCCUUUGAAGAAAGGAUAAACACAGAUUAAAUCAACUGAUUUAUGCAAUGGAAUGACAUAAUCAGCCAGAGACUUUGUGGGCCACAAGCCAUCACUUAGUGUUGAUGAGGAUAUGUAUUUUAACAAAGACCUUGUAUUUUAAUCCUUAACACACACAAGGUUCAAAUGCAAAUAUAUACAGAAAUAUAAACACAUGCACACACACAUACAUACAUAUAUAUAUGUAUAUAUAUCUAUAUCUGUACAUAUCUAGAUAUAUAUAUCGAGAUAUAUAUAUAUAUAUCGAUAUAUGUAGACAGAUAUAGAUAUAUAUACAUAUAUAGAUAUAGAUAUCUAUAUAUGUAUGUAUAUAUAUCGCCCAAAGAGUCUUAAGAUAUUUUAAUGGCAAGGUUGAUGAUAGAAGGGGAGUCAGAUGAAUUUAUAACUUUUUUCCUUACAUUAAAAACAUAAAAUACCCAUUUUUCAUUUCUCAUCGGCUUCAGUAAGAUGUCAGGUUGUAUAAAAAUGCACCAAAUUACAGGUGCUUUGAAAGGUUUUCGCCAUCAAUUUUUGCCUUAGCCAUGAGAAACUAAAGGAAAAGUCUGUUUAUUUCAUACAAGUCUGUAUGUACAGGAUGAUAUUUUUCAUAUGGGGGAAAAUUUACUGCGUCAGGACAAGAAAUCAGUUAUUACACAGAACUUGUCUCGUCUGGAGGAAGUGUUGUCGUGCCUCCCUUUUUGUCCUCUUUCAUGUUUUCCUUUCUUUUCUUCAUUAUCUGUUAAUCUCUCUCUCUCGCCUUGUUAGAAUAAUACUGUGCCCUUUGCAUGACUGUUAUAAGCUCUGUAUACAAAGACGACGAUGUUAAGUGCCACACAAGCCAGGCAGAUCCGCCGGGAGUGCGCCCAGGCUCUUUCUGUUCCACCUUUUGUGGUAUAUCACACUUCCCACUCACUUGGUGCUUUUUGUCCCGUUUCUUUAUUUCGCUUCAGCGUUCCCUUUGUCUGUUUUUAUUUGGUCUCCGUUGUUGUUAAAGUCUAAAGAAUUACAAUCUCCUUGUUUAUUCCAAACUCCAUCUGCAUGUUAAGAUCGUCUUGUUGUGGUUGCAAAUAGGAGAAUAACCAUAUAUCUGUAUUUAUAUCACAAAAACCAACAAACAUGUUGUUUCCUCAACCUGGGAAAUGAGAUGCUGGCAUGAUACAGUUGAAAUAAUACCCAAAUGUUAAAGAUCUUUUUUUCUACAUUAAAUGCUUUUUGUUUUUUUCUUUUUUUUGGUUUUUUUUUUUUUUUUUUUUUUUUUUUUGCUUUAAAUUGCACAUUUUUAUUUGGGUUGGCAUUGUCAUUAGCAGCAGACAACUGCAGUAAAAAGAGUACCAUAGUUUUAUUUUUUUGUCAGCAACUGCUGAUUAAAGACUGUUGAAUUUGAAGAUUUAAUUUCGAAUGAAAGAAAUUGUGACUUUAAAGAUUGGUGGAAACUAGCAUGCCAGAGUCGCUGAGGCUUCAUCAACCAACUGUGUUGUGUCAUUGCAGUAUCACUGCAGCAUCUAAUGGCUGUCAUUUUAGUUUGUUUACAAGUGGGCCUCAAAUAGAACUUUUAUGGUAUACCUAGCCUUUUUGUUAGAUUACAGUACUGCAUCAGUGACCUUAUGAAUGAAACAAGGGAGUAUUAUUUACGACACUAUAGGAUCUCGAUGUGGAUUAAAGUCAAAGUCUACCUUGAUAGAUUCUUAAAGAAUCUGGCACUUACAGUGAGAAAUUAGAGAGGUCUAAGAUUUGACAGAUUUUAUUUGUUCCAAUGAUGACGACAAUGUAUGCAGUCUGUGACAGAAGUAUUGGGCGAGCUGUAUACUCACAGUUUUUGUAUUUUAUUCAGAAGAUGAGUGUAGCUCAACUCAACUUUUGAUUCUUCUUCUACAUUUUCAUACCUGUCAAAAGGCAAGUUUGAGUUGUACUAACAUUUCUCUGAGGGCAGAGCUGCUCUGGUUGAAUUAAAUCGCAGUGGACAGAGCCAAAGAAUCACAGUUUAACUUUGUGUUUUUCUUUUGUUCUGGCUAAAUAAUAUUGGACUGAAACAGAGUAGAAUAGUCUUGGCUAAGGAAGCUAACGCUCUGCUGAAAAGUACUCAAGCCAUAAUCAGUCAGUCUGUUGCACCUCUGACCACACCCAACAAUGAUGUUCCGGCACCGACAUAUCCUGGUCUACACUUCUGCAUCACUGCCAGAUUAGAAGUUAAACCACUGGAGGUCAGCAAAAUCAAGAUUUCAGAUGUUAUCAAUUAGCUCUUUAAGACUUCAGAUUAACCUUUAAUUAUCUAAGUAAGCUAGCAAGCCUUCCGACACAUGAUGGUGUUCGGGAUUUGUUGGAAAAUAAUGAGCAAGUAAUGCCUUAUUUUAUGGGUCAGUACAUUCUUAAUACUCCUAUGAAAUCGCACGGUAAAAGCUAUUUAAUUUGGUACUAACUAUAUGCAAGUUACCGACCAUGUUCAGUUGAGCUACAACAAAGAAUUAUUUCCAUCGUCAUUUAAUCUGUUCAUUAUUUUUAUGAUUCAUCCUUUGGUAUAGAGGAAGUGCUGGGAUUGGCCCGAAACCCAGAGAUAUUAAGCUGACAGUGAUAUGAAAUCUACAAAUCCCUGUAAAUGACCUGCGUAAUUAUUUUAUGUUGAUCAGAUGUUGUUCAGAUGAACAAAAAUUUGAAAUUUGUUUCCAUGCAAACAUAAAAUACAAUUUCAAUAAUAAAUGACAAACUCUCAAAAUCAUUUAACUCAAUAGAAUAAAUUCAAUAUAAUUAGUGCCAAAUUGCAUAGUUCUCUACAGGAAACUUCCAAAUGAAAAUACUUGAAGAUGAUGGAUCUGUAAAAAUAAAGUGCUGCCAAAAAAAAAAAAAA